AUGCCGCCGCUGGGGAUCGUGAACGCAUACGGAGGCAUGACUGCUAAAUACUACAGCGUGUUCGUUCUAUACCUGGCAGUAUGGACCGUCCUCAACUCCUUUUUCUUCGCCGCCUCGUUGCCCACUCUUAACCCAUGCAAUCCCAAGGUACCCGCCCCGAGCUUCACACCGCUGACCGUCCGCGGGGCCUGGAACGACAGAAUCACCCUGGUGGUGCUUCCUCCGCACGAAUACCCCGAUUGGGACUUUACGCACUACCUGGUUGAAGCCCACUGGCAGCGCCAGCGGGACGCCGAGUCCUGUAAUGCAAACAAAUCCCUGGAGACCAUCGUGGUCUUCCGGUUCUGCACGCGGAUGCUCGUCGAGCUGCUUCCGGAUCAUCGGGCUCAUCUAUUUGAGCACGGGAGUCGCGUGUCGUGGGAGUGGCAGACGCCGCGAUAUCGGCGGGCUUAUAAUGCGUUCUGUCGUCGGAUUUAUGGUGAUCGCCGGAUUCCGUACGGUGAGCAAGAAGAGGUGCCUCGGUUCUAUGCCAUAUAG